CGGAGAGAUGUGGAAAUACAUCUUUACAGAAAACCAACUUUAUUGAAAGCGAAUGAGGAGCUCUGUGUGCACAUCGCCAGGAUUGGUCUGAGUGCAAAGAAUUGCAUCUGUCCGUGGGAUUAACUGCUAAAGUUUCAUUGUCCUGUGAGUAUUUAGAGAGUUGUUGAAGAGCUGAGACUGGGCAUCUAGUAGAAUCCUCGCUGGCUCUGUCACUCCAGAGAUUUAAAGGGAUGGUUUGUCUCUCCGCUCUCUCCACCUAGGGUAUCAUUCUAUGGAGAACAGGUCUGGGGCUCUCCAUAGGAGACAAAUCCUUCACACCUAUAACAGCAGUCUUCCCUGUCUCUUAUUACUAUGCAACCAAAACGGCGUUUGCAACAUGGAUCUGUUCCAUUGUGAUGGAUUUUUCUCUUUUAAUGCGGAUUUCAUCUGAGAAAUAUCACUAAAUCCCUGUUUUUGUAAAGCUUCUCUUCAGAAGAUUGCAAAGGUGGAGCGACCAGAAGGAGCAGAUGACGGACCAAUUAAUCCUCUCAAUGCAUGGAAACAAGCAGGAGACCCAGGAAACGCUGAUAUGUAAAGCAGGUGGAGGCUCCUAUUGGGGUUUUUUCCUUCUCUGAAACUCAUGAUAAUCAGCUUCCCUGCUGUGGUUACUUUUUUUCUGAUUUCCUGUGAUCUCUAGGACUAUUGACAAUGGUUGUGGUAAAGUGACCUACUGGUUCCUUCAUGGUGUCGGAGAUCUAUUGCAGCACUCCAGGGUCCAGGAUUGGAGAUGUGGUGGUGGUGAUGAUGGUGAUAAUGAUGAUCUAGAGAGCUAUGUGUUUGAAUGCAGUGAAUAUAAAUACAUUGAUUUGUAUAUCAUGUAGCUCAUGGUGAUUACUUGAGUCAUUUAAAGAGGAAGUGGCAAUUCCUGCUGUGUAUAUAUAUUUUUUUCUAAUCCACCCUAUUCCCCCGCACUGGAAGUCCUCCUGUAUCUAAAUGGAAUUAGUGGAGAUCGAAGCCCCUUGUGUAAGGAACAGACAUGAUCCAUGGGAGCAGUUUGUUUCACAUUGUAACAAGUCUAAUUAUUCUACAUGUGUCUUGGGCAACAAAAAAAGGAGGAGUCAGACAAAACAGUUCAGAAGGGCACAAAUCAGUAGAGUGUGGAUCUUGGACAAAGAAUAUAGAUGGAGGGAUUUUUACUUCUCCAAAUUAUCCCAACAAAUACCCUCCUGACAGGGAGUGUAUCUACAUAAUAGAAGCUUCCCCAAGACAAUGCAUUGAACUCCAUUUUGAUGAUAAAUAUUCUAUAGAGCCAUCCUGGGAGUGUAAAUUUGAUCAUAUUGAAGUAAGAGAUGGACCAUUUGGCUUUUCUCCUAUAAUUGGGCGUUACUGUGGACAACAGAGCCCUCCUUUUAUAAAAUCAAGUGGAAGAUUUCUGUGGAUUAAAUUUUUCGCUGAUGGUGAACUAGAAUCUAUGGGGUUUUCUGCACAAUACAACUUUACACCCGAUCCAGAUUUUAAAGAUAUUGGUGUAUUAAAACCUUUGCCAGUUUGUGAAUUUGAAAUGGGAGGACCAGAAGGCAUUAUCAAAUCUGUGCAAAUUCUAACAGAAGGAAAGGCCUCAGCAGAUGAGGCAGUUGACUGCAAAUGGUACAUUCGUGCACCACCACGUUCCAAGAUAUACUUACGCUUCUUGGAGUAUGAAAUGCAAAACUCAAAUGAAUGUAAAAGGAAUUUUGUGGCUGUUUAUGAUGGAAGCAGUUCAGUAGAAGAUUUAAAAGCUAAAUUUUGUAGCACAGUUGCUAAUGAUGUGAUGCUACGCACGGGACUUGGCGUAAUCCGAAUGUGGGCAGAUGAAGGAAGUCGGACUAGUCAUUUUCAAAUACUUUUCACAUCUUUCCAAGAACCUCCAUGUGAAGCAAACUCAUUUUUUUGUCAUAGUAAUAUGUGCAUUAAUAACACAUUGGUCUGCAAUGGACUCCAGAACUGUGUUUACCCAUGGGAUGAAAAUCACUGCAAAGAAAAAAGGAACUCAAACCUUUUGGAUCAGCUUACCAAUACUAGUGGGACAGUGAUUGGGGUCUCUACUUGCAUUGUUAUCAUCCUCAUAAUUAUAUCUGUAAUAGUACAGAUCAAACAACCUCGUAAAAAAUUUAUCCAAAGGAAAGCAGACUUUGACCAAACUGUAUUUCAGGAGGUGUUUGAGCCUCCUCAUUAUGAGUUAUGUACUCUUAGAGGUACAGGCGCUACAGCUGACAUGGCAGAUAUUGCAGAUGAUUUUGAAAAUUACCAUAAACUAAGGAGAUCAUCUUCAAAAUGCAUUCAUGACCAUCACUGUGGAUCACAAAUGUCUAGCACUAAGGGCAGCCGUAGUAACCUCAGUACAAGGGAUGCUACUAUAUUGACAGAUACGCAAAACCAACCUGUUAAUCCCAUUAUACCACCUACAAACCGAAGAAAUAUCCUUGUAAUGAAGCAUAGCUACUCACAAGAUGCUGCAGAUACAUGCGACAUAGACGAAAUUGAAGAAGUUCCCACCACCAGUCAUAGGCUAUCCCGACACGAAAAAGCUGUCCAGCGGUUCUGCCUCAUUGGGUCUCUAAGUAAACAUGAAACUGAAUACAACACAACUAGGGUAUGAAAAAGAAUCUCAAGAGAAGAACACUUUUUACACAACUAGGAGACAAAUGAACUGUUCUUUAGAAUAUUGUCACAACCAUCUUCAAAAAAAGAGGACUGUAUUCAAAACUCAUUCCACUGCCUUGUUACAAAUGUAGGAUUUACAGACAUUACUAUUCUCAACAUGAUGCUCCUGCUACUCAAUGACAUUUGUUUGUAAUUUGGUUGCUGGCCACCAAGUGCUCCUUAGUUUUUAAAUACAUUUUGAAAUUUACUGGAUACUUGAAGAAGAAUCUAGUUACUGAUUGCAAAUAUCCCAGCAUUAUACGGCAUUUUACUUUUGAUGAGCUGACAAUUUGUUUUAUGUUUUAUUAAUGGAUCUGUUGUGGAAUCAGGAAGAAAAUCUCCUUUCAAUGAAAACUCUUUCUUAGUCUGUAUUUGUACAUUAUUUCCACCUUACUAAUAAUUACUUGAAAUAAAUAUUCCUGGCUUUGAAUAUUAGUAAUACAUUAAAUAAUAAAUAUGAAAAUGGUGUUAUUGAACUUAACAACAGCUAUUGUUUGAACAAAUGAAAAAAUGUUUUAGUAAAACUAUUAAAUGGCAAUAAGAUCCUUUUCUCUUUUUUUUUUUUUCAUUGGGGAGGAGGUUAUGACUUAACGUUUUAUUUACUUUUAUUAUUGUAAACACUUUGGUGUCCAAAUAUCCAGUGUGUCAACUGACUUUUUAAAGGAAAAUUACAUGAUCAACGUCAUCCCAAAUGGAUUCGGGUUGGCUAAUUCAAAACAGCAAAUAAAUACUGAGGCUAUUCACUGAUGGCGGAGUAUAGAAUUUACAGCUCUAUCUUGAAAAGAGCCAACGAGAACUAAGCAUUAUGGAACUCUUUAUGUUGACUGAUUGCUAAAUGAAAUAGUUGUGAUGCUAUUUUAAAACCCUGCUAGCAUUAUUAAGCUGCCAGCAAAUUAACCAUUAAAUACAUGUAUAUUAAAAAAUGAUUGGACAUCCAUGAGACCAUUGUUAUGCCAGGAAUGAAACUAAAAUGGGUGAGGAUUGCAUUAAAAAAUGCAGCCAGUGUUGCAUGUAGGACGUAUUAUAAAGGGGAACAUAUGUUUUAUUAUAGGUCAGGGAAGCAUCCAACCUUCGCCUGCUUUUUUUUCUGGUUGAAGAAGAAAACUAGUUAAGUUUUGGCAUCAGUUAAAUUCAGUGAAUUUGGUCCCCCACUAGAACUGAGCUUUAUAUCUGUGAUGGGAAAAAUAGUUUGGAUUUGUGCUAGGAAAUUAAAUGCCCUCUAGCAUAUAGGCGUUUUAUUAGUCAGUGGAUUGAGAAAUACAUUGUCUUUGUUUUAACU